AUCACUAACAUCUAGACUAGUACUCUUCAGAGUGGUUCUUUUUCUUGCUACACUCUUAUACAUCACUCGGCUACCUGGUUCUUUUAGCUGCGGUGGUGCCAAUAUUCUGAUAAAGGGUCAGCCAUGCAUGGCGGAGGUGGUCCGGGCGGAGGUGGAGGUCCAGGAGGAGGAGGGCCUGGUGGAUGGGGUGGAGGUCCUGGAGGGGGUGGCCCUGGUGGAUGGGGAGGAGGACCCGGAGGGCCAGGAGGACCAGGAGGGCCAGGAGGACCAGGAGGACCAUGGGGUCCUGGCCCGGGAGGCCCGGGAGGACCUUGGGGUCCGGGGCCUGGCGGACCUCCUUGGGGUCCGGGAUUUGGCGGACCUUGGUGGGGAGGACCUGGUGGCUUCUUUGGUGGGUUUGGCAAUGGCCUAUGUGACAUGAUAUCUUCUUGCUUCUACUGCUUGUGCUGCUGCUGUUUGCUAGAUGAAUGCUUUGGUGGACCUCGUGGUGGAUUUGGACCUCCUGGAGGACCCGGAGGACCUCCUCCCCCAUUCUGAUAGUUUGUUUACUACUACUACAUUGAGGUUUCUGCAUCUGUAUUUUAAUGUAGCACUUAAUAAUUGAGAGCUCUACAUAUUAAUAGUCAUGCAUGUUACAAAGCUCUCUGUUGGACGCAGCUUAUUAUCACCUCAUUGCAUUUCAAGUCUUGUUAUGUCAGCUUAUUCUUACCACAGUUCGAGUCUUGUUAAUGUAGAGUUUAGAGAAGGGAGUUGUACCGUGAGCUUUGUGCUGAGUUCUUCAAUUACAUGUUACGAGAACCUUGUUAACUUCCAAAUUUAAAUGAGAAAGACAUUUGUUCA